CUUUAAAAUAUCUUUUAAGUAAAAACGGCCCAUUUUAGUGUUUUAAACAUAUUAAUAUUUAAAUGUAGCUCAAUAUUGCAGUGGCUUUCAGAGUCUGUCAAUCGUAUCGAUUGAGACUGAGGCGUGUAACGCUGACAGGACGUGUUUCAGUGUGUUCACUGCGGUAUUUACAGCAUUUACAGUCGUUUAAACGCACAGACGGCUCGUGCACCGUGUCGAACACACGUCACGUUUGUUUAGUGACAGUGUAUCAUUUGACACUUGAGACAUGCGCGCGUGCACGAUACGCAUGUUCCAUUUUCACCGGAUUGUUGCAGAAGCGCGACCUCUACUGGCCGCUCAUGUAUCAGCGGGUCUGUUAUCAUCAGUAUGGAGGACUGUAUCGAGGUCAUCCUGGAGCAGCGCAGCUGGUUCAGUCGUCACUGCAGUCACAACGUCACCCUGCUGAUCGGAUCGGCCUUCGCUGGAGUCUACGGACUCUGGGCCGCGUUCUGUAUGCCUGGACUGAGGGUCCCUUUCAGACUAAAGGUGCCAUUUUUACCUUCAACAAAAGAACAAACUGCAAAUGUUAUCAAGCUUCUAGAUGGACGCAAAGGCCGUCUGGCUGACCUGGGAUCAGGCGACGGACGUUUGGUUUUUGCAGCCUCGUCUGUGGGAUUUCAGUGCACGGGGUUUGAAAUAAACUCCAUGUUGUUGGCCUAUUCGAGGAGUAAAGCAUGGUGGAGUGGCAAUGAUAUUCAUUUUGUCAAGAAAGACUUCUGGAAGACUGAUCUGUCCAAAUACAGAAACGUGACCGUGUUUCUGGCUCCUGCAGUGAUGGGGGUUCUGGAAGAGAAGUUGUUAAAGGAGCUUCCUGAGGAUGCCAGAGUCAUUGUGUGUCGUUUCCCUUUUCCUCGCUGGCCUCACAGCUGCACUGCUGGAUCUGGACUGAACCAGGUCUGGGCUUAUGAUGUUCACACUGCUAGAGAAUCAUCCAGAACUUCUCCUCACCAGCGACAGGCCUGAACAGCUACUGCUCUCGCUUCUCAAAUGUGACAAAUAUGCCACAUGCAACUCAGAAAUCAGAAUAUUCACCCUCUUAUGGUCAGUGGUCCUGAUGUGUGACUGCAGAACAAUUCAUUUCUAAAGCUUUUUACAGAGUAUUGGAUGUGUGAUGUUAAAUAAAUUGUUUUCAGUCA